UAUGACGUAUGCACGAGUUUGCGUCUCCCUCUUUCGUUGCAUUAUAUAUUUCCUGAAUUAUAAUUAAGUGAAGUGAAGUCUGCCAACACAUGGAAUACAGUCAAGGAACUAUAAUUUUUACCCUAGCUUGUGCGAAAUAAAUCCUUUUAUUUCAUUAAUGGUAUCAAGGGUGAUGCUGUUUUGUGGAUGUAAUUCUAUAGAAUUUAGUUUGCGGUAACCAACUGUUGCAUCUUUCAGUCAAAAGGAUUAUUCCUAUAGUACAGGGAACAGUUAAGAUGAGCCUUGGCCGCUCUGCUUCACUCACUAUGAACAUAACAUAACUAUGGCGUGAUAUACAACAAUGAUCUACCACAGUAGUGACGAGAAACAAAUUCAUCAUAGUGUUUGAUGAGGCACAAAACAGUAAUUCUAUAAAGUAUGAAUUAUAUCAUACACCAGUGACAUAUAAUAUUCUCAUUUAUGGUGAAAAUACCAAAGGAAAAAAAUAACGAACAGUAUUUUCACAUUGUUUGCUUGUGUUCGCAUGGUCUGUUUACAACUGGCGGGUAUGAUAAGUAUAUUGUAAGGGUUAGGGUAUUAUAUGCCCUCCAUAAUAUACAUGGUUUUGUUUUGUGGUUGGUAUAUACAGUGUAGGGUAAGAAGAGAGACUGUUAGUUACCACACUGCUGCCCGAAGAUGUGUACCGUACUGCACGUCUGUUAUAACUAUUAUGACAAUUUUUCACACUAACUCAUAUAUCUAGUUUUCACAUCAUAAACAAGUGCUUCUAAUUUUACGUUUGUGCUAUGUAACUGCAUUUCAAUAUACUUCAACCUUUCUAUCUCCAGGUCAUGCUACGGAUGAGUGAACAAUCGAGGGUAAUGUUCCGCGUGGAGAUAAUUUUGCCUUUCGCUAAUUAUUCUGAUAUAAUAAUGACGCCAUUAGAUAUGCAAGAUGAGACCCGCCCGUGCUGGUAGUAUAUAUGGCAGCCAGCAGAGGGCGGCGUGGUCUAGUUAACACCUGGGAGCCGUCACUACGCCAACUCGUCAUGAAGACAGUAGCGGUGGUGGUGGUGGUGUCGGUGGUAGUGGCGGCGUGGGCGACUCCUCAGUUCACCAACGCUCCCACUCAGUACAGCUUCGAGUGGGGAGUCAGCGAUGAAAACUCGGGCAACUUCUACGGUCACCGUGAGCAAAGGGACGGAGCCGGUACCCAGGGCAGUUACUACGCAAAACUACCAAACGGUCUCUCUAUGAAGGUUCAGUACACCGUAGACAAGAGUGGUUUUCGCCCCAGCACCGUGACCACUGAAGGCCAGACUCAACGCCGCAGUGUAAAAGUACAGCGUCCAACAGCACCCCGAUCUCACCCACUUAGCCUUACAAAAGACCCAAUCACCGCGAGACAAGCUAUCUCCUCUGUCCCUAACCCAGCAACACUACCAGAUCGUCGACCUCAACCACCAGUUCGUCCAAUCGUUGUCCCAGGUUCGGUCACUGGUCCUUUCACCUCUCAGCAUCAGCCCAGCUCAAGCCCAGGGGUAGUAUCAAGUUAUGCUACCGUUCCACCUUUAACUGUGGGGCAGGGAGUAGUCCCCACUGGCUCCCGCCCUCCAGCAAAGUCUCUUUCAAACACCAAGACAGGAUCGUUCUCUCCCUCCGGCUCCAAGAUACUCCGAGACGCUGAUAAUAUAAACAGGGUCCCUUCCAGCCUCAUCCAGCCAACAAUUCACUCAAUUCUCAAGCCAAAGUUAGUCCCAUCCCUUUCUUUCCCAACAAUAAGUGUUUCUCUCCAUAAGCCAAAAGGAUUUAUACCCAGUCCUCACCCACCAAAAGAUCACACAGUCCACAAGCUCUCAGCUCAUCUUCCCGAGAGAGGUGUUUCUACCUCCCUUUCAACAUCCGUUCCUCCAGCUACUCUUUCUCCUAGACGAGAGGUUCGUCCCCAGCUAAACUCGCUUGACUUAGGAAAAUUCUCUAAACAUGAGGAAAUUUUACUCCCAGAAAGUUUCACAGCUUCUCAACCACGAACACUGCAGCCUUCUCAAAUUCCCACAGCAAGUCACUUUACCCACGAGAAAGGUGAGCUCCGACCAAUUCGUGUGUCCAAAGAGAGCAAGUCUGGCUUUAAGUGGAUUGAUUCCCCAUUCCAUCGCCCCCGUGAAGUAAAUAUAAUAACAGCAGCUCCUCCCCUACCAAAUUAUGAUUUUUUAUUAUUAGCCGAAGCAAUGAAAGUGUCAGACGGCCGUGUGAUAUAGAAUUAUUCGUGGUUCUUGUAUCACACUAUUCGUCUACGCCUACGUCUAUGUCAGAGUUGUGAUGACGUCACGGAGCUCUUUUCAAGUACAGCUCUCUUACUCAUGGUUGCCUUUCAUACUGUUUGUUUUUGUUAUGUUUCUAAUUUAGUUUCUUUUUUGUUUUGUUGACUAAUAAUUAU